UUGUUUUUAACUCGUUAUUGUUUAAUCUGUAGUAAAUGAAUUGGAAAAAUAUUCCUGUCAACGACGAGAAAUGGUCAUGCAUGGUGACGCUGUUGGCAGAAGAGCACGUAGUCGACAAGUUUCUUGUGACGUCCUUCGAGAACUCAUACCAUCCAAAGUUGAUUGUCAACUUGAACCGGAAAGUCUUGAGACAACAUUUUCUAUGGGGCGGGGUCAAAAGGAAUUCACACUAUUUGCCAGGAUCGAGGAAUGACGAGAAAAGCAAAACUGCCUCGGGCAACAAACAUUCGUUAUUCAAACAGGACGCAAAGGAAAUCAAAAACUACAUCUUGAAAGUGAGAGACUUGAUGCUGUUCAGGAUCGCGGCACAUCCGAAAAAGGAGUUGUUCUGCAGCGUUUCGGGAUUUCCGUCGCCUGGACCUCACGUAUACUUCGUGCUAACGGGUUUUAAGGACGUGAACUUGAUCGUCGAUUUAUUGGAGGUGAACGUCCCUGUCAAUUUGGCUAUUUCUGUUCACUUCGAAUGGAAGACGAUCGCCGCCAAAAAUUGGAUAGAGGAGAUGGUCAAAGAACGCGGGAGUAUCGAUUCGAAGAAAGCCGGAACGAGCAUCACAAGCCAAUCGUCGAAAGUGCCGUCGAAUUCAUACUGGGUUGAUCUAGACGAACUGAUCCGUAAUCACCCCCAGAAAGAACUUUUCAACAAUUUCAUCGUCGUACCGUACAAAGUGCAAGAAAUCAAAAACGCCCCGCUGGAAAUGUACGGUCAGGUUAUGUUCGACGCAGUGAAAUCGCUCAUGUUCAAAUGGGUCGACCAAAUGAGAACUUACAUACACUACAUGAACGAUGGCAAUGUCGUAGAAAUCCCGACGGCACAGGUGAACGACUUGCUGGUGAUACCGUACCAGCUGUUGUUGGAGAUGAUGCCGUUGGAAAACACGACCAUAGAAUUGAUACUUUUCAGCAUGGUGGAGGUCAUCGUGGAAAAAGCGAAAAGUACGUGUCCCUCGUUGAAGAGUACGGUGCUCAUCGAAAGCAAGUCCUUUCAGGACAGCGAUCUAGGAGAACAGCCCGUUUUGCUCCACUACAAGGACAAAAUCGGGAUCGAAUAUGUCGACAUCGACUCCACGGGUUUCGACCUAAUGGAAAUUCACAUAAACACGUACAAAAACAUGCCGUAUUCCACGCUUUGGCGUUAUUACGAGGAACAGGACGCGGCGACCCGGAUCAGCAAACAGAGCCAUUUAUACAAGCUGUGGAAAUGCGGGGAUGUUAAAAUGCCCUUCGAUAUGUUCCAGCUUCACUUACACCAAAUGAUCUUCACCAAACUCAUAAAUUUGUCGGAAAAAAACGACGAAAUCUCUAAUGAAGAAUUUUCCAAAAUUGCUUUCAAAUUUGAAGAAAUGUCCAUCGAAGACAAGGACAACAUGAAAUUAUCGAAAUUUCAUCAUUGUAGAGAGCUGUUGAGCAUGUUCGAUUACAACGUCAAGGGCUAUCUGUUCAACUCCCUUCGAGUAGAAGAGCUGAAGGCAGACUUAAUCCUUCAGUGUCUUCAGGACGCUUUUAACAAAUACAACUGGUCCUACUACCAUUACCUCACCCUCACUGAUAAAAUCGUCUUCUGGUUUAAGAACGAAUUCAAUUACGAAGGACCUACGACGUCUGAACUAUUCCUACGUCUAGAUACAAACGUGAGCUUUAGGGAAUUUCACUUCUUGCCGAAGAAAGAGAAAUGGCUCGAAAUCAAUCGUGACAAAAUAAGAGAGGCCGACGAACUGGCCAGAAAGUCAUUCAUCCAUCGUUUUCUCCCCGAUUGUGAAAUAGACGACAAAUCGGCAGAAAAGCUUCAAUACCCGCUUCCGCCGAUACAGAAAAGCCCGAUGGGCAGAAGGCUUGUGUACGACACGGAAAGCCUGAUCAUCGACGAAGAAAUCGGAAAAUUCGUCAGUUACGAAGGGCCGAUUGUCACCAUCAGACGUGACAACAGAGAACUUAGUGAAACGAUAACCUUAGACUCUUUUGGAAAUACCUUUGUCUUUAAGAUAAGCACAUCCAACCAACAGGAAGCGCCGGUAAAGUCUCUGUUCGUUCAAGCGAACAACGGCAUUAUUUUCAAUUUGGAUGUAGAGAGAAUCAAAACGGCAUACCCGGAAACUACCGGCAAAAAAGCUUCCAGGAUCGAGACGGAUGUCAAACUUGACGUCGUCGCCACACUGCCCAACGGUCUCACCCUUAAGUUCGUUAAAAUCGACGAACAAGUCUGCGUUUAUCAGAAAUACCUCUACGAAGAGCUCUACUGGUACAACGGAGUCAAAGAAAGCCUCAGAGUGUGCAUGAACAACGGUUCGGUCAUACAGUUCAUGCUGAACGGCGAAAUAUCCAUCCUCCAUCCGGAUUCUACAGUCACGACGAUUUACGAGGCCCGCUUAAUGACCGAAAAAGAAUUGAUGAUGAGCAUUGACUUGAUGAACCAAAUUGUGCAAAUUGAGAGGGAAAGGGCGGCCAGUGUGAAAGCACAUAGGGUCAGGAAAAACACGUUUGAAUUGAGAAAAGGUGUGAAAUCCCCGAAAAAGAGCGAGACGAAAAAAACCUCAUCAAUCCCACAGUUGCGUUACACUUUGCCGAGCAGGCUGAAAAUCAUCGAGUACGACAUGUUGGACUGGUGUGGGGUCAGGUGGACCUACAAGGACAACCAGCUUUGCGACAAACGCCAGGAUUGCAAGAUCCGUGCUGCGCACAACCUCGGCCGUGAGCUCUACGUGAAAAGGGGCGACAUUUCGACCAGUUUCUACAAAUACGACGGCACCCUCCAUUUCAAAUACGCCGACGGCACGCUCAUCACGUCGAUCCCUCGCGAAAUAAGGAUAGACCCGUCGAAGAUCCUCACCACGCCAAAUCGCGCCACGAGUAAACAAAAGACGCCUAGCCAGGUCGAAGAGCCGAACGAAGACGAAGAAUUCAUAGGAUUUGAAAACGAGUAUUUGCAAGAACACCCAAAAUACGUUAGAGUACAUUUCAAAAAGUCAGACAUAUGCUCGGUCCGACUGGAAGAAUCGACGUGCAUGACGAGGAACGGCGAUGCCACCUACUUCAUACGCCUCGACGAAACGACGACCGUUCAAAUCGAGAAGGAGUUAAUAACGAUCAAAUCAAAAAGAAAAGAUGAACAUCGCAACGUAACAGUGACAGAGAUCAAUCUUCAAACCGGUUCUUCGAGUAAACAGCCUAUUUUCAAGUGCACGGACAGCCUCAUGCGGGCUUUGUGCGUGUACUCGGACGGCAAAUUCGAAUGUGUCUGCCUCGACGAGAGCAUCAACGCGAAGGAUUCCGUAGCUAGAGAUAUGCUUUACACAAACAGGUUUUUCGUGGUGGGUCGAGACUUCUCCGGGUGGGAAUUCGUGCCCGAUUUCUGUGAUAAUAGUACCCAAUCGACCAUAGUGACAAGCGAAAAUCUAGCAAGCGUCGUAGAAGAAGAAGAAAAAGAGGAGGAGGAGGAGGAAGAAGAAGAAGAAGAAGAAGAAAAAGAAGAAGAAGAAAAAGAAGAAAUAGAAAGGAACGUGAUUGACGAUGUCUUCAACGUUCAUGACAGUUCGACCUCGUACUUGGACUCGUCUUGCGACCUCUCUUCGACACUGCUCGAUUCGCCAGAAGACAGCCUCGACGAGGAGACCGUCAACUACGGCGACGAGUUGAAAUUCAAGGUGGAAAUCAACAAUAAGAAGCUGUUCAGGUCCAAGACCCAGAGAUUCGACAUACCUUACAAAUUCACGGAUUACAAGAUGACCUUCCUGAAGAAAAAGGACCUGUCGCACUAUCUCCCCCUCAGUUUCAAAUGGUUGUUCGCCUUGUCCGGAAAUCACUACUACGGAACGCCGGCCAUUGAAAGAAGCUGGGAAAAUCAACAUAAGGAGGUGCCGAGUCCGUAUGGGCAUUCAAAACCGUUGGCCGUACUGUACGAGAGGUAUCACACGACCGAUACAUACGCCGACAUGUACAAACUGUAUAAAUCCGCUUUUAUCAACUAUUUAAAUUAUCACAAGGAAAUAUUUCAACUGUAUAAACAAUAUUUGGAAAAUCCUACAUUUUAUUAUUUUGACGAUGUCGUUGUGCCGGAGCCGACAAUAAACGUCAAAGCACUUAUUCAUCAUGAUGAUCAGGAUGGAAACAUACAAGAGCUGUUAAGGGCGAAGAAAGCCAUCACGUCCUCACUCGUUAAAAUAAUUUAAUACGUUGCACAGAAAAUGUUUCAAUUU